AUGGACGACAUUCUGCAGUCGCAGGAACAGCAGCAGCAGCGGCAGCAGCAGCAGCAGCAUGAGCAAAUGCAGCACGAGCCACCGGAGCAACAGCACAAUCCGGAGCAACCCCAUCAUGAGCAAAAUGGGAAAAGACGAAAGGAGGAGCAACAGCAGCCGCAGCAGCUGCAGCGCACGACGCGUCGUCGCAUGUGCUCAGGGUGCGACCGCCCCUGUUCAGUGUGUUACUGUAGCGUCAUACAGGGGCGCGAGUUAAGUCUUUCUGAACCUGAAGUUUGCUCCAUAGUGAACAGAGUCCUUAUAUUCAUGCACCCGCUUGAAAUGAAGAGGAAGAAUGGCUCUGUAAGUGUUCUGCAAAGGCUAGUCAAGGGCGUAGAAAUUUGGCCCCACAGGCGACCCGGUUGCUGCCCGUUCGCUGCCGAGCAGCAGCAAAAGCGGGGAAGCAAGGGAGAGGAACAGGAGGGAAAGGCAAAAGCAGUGGGUAGACUUGCAGAAGGGCCUACCCAUGGCUUUCCAGCAAGUACUGCAGGGAGGGAGGUACUGGAGAAGGUUGGAAUGGACGACUGGAAUAUUGAAGGCGCAGUGGAAGGCUCUCAGUACCACCAGCACCACGCCCACCAACCAAAGCAGACGGAGCCGGAGCAUAAGCAGCAGCACCUCUCUACGCGCGACGGCGCUGCGGCGUGCGACACAAGCAAGAUGUUGCUGCUCUUCCCUACAGAGUCCUCCCUUGCUCUAGGUGCUGGGUCGUUGCCCGUUCGCCUCCCUGUGACCCUCGUAGCUAUAGAUGGCACAUGGAAGGAGGCUAAAGAGAUGUUCGGAGCCUCACCAUGGCUACAGCAACUCCCCGCCGUGCAUAUACCCAUUCGGGAAGGCGUAAACCCGCCAAACCAUGCCAGUGUUCGCCCUGGUGUUGGUGGUGGUACUGUUGCAGCUAUUGCCAACGCUGAUGGUGCUGCAUCCUGUGGCAGCAGCAGUAGCACGUACCGUGCACAGGCGCUCCGCGUGUCGGGAGCGUACGGGGCGAUACGAACUCCCCCUGCCAGUGUGGCAGCGAGUGGAGGAGUGUGUACGGCUGAAGCAGUUGCCCUGGCUCUGUCGGUCUUAGGGCAUUGGGGCCGCAGCAGCUCCACUAGGUUGCUACGGGUAGGUGAAACCACGAGAGAAACGCUGCAGCACUUAGUAUCCCUGCAGCAACGCAUGCGGCAUAGAGGUAAUGACUGCAAACUAGCAGCUUGA